GACAACAACAGAGGAACAACGAAACGAAGCAGAACAUCAGAUCCAGGUGAUACUCGCUGCUCCCAUUGCGUCCUUCCACGCGCUCUCAGGGCUAAUGAGUUGAACCAUACCACAUUGAAGGCUCCAUCACCGGAAUGAUGGUUCUUUCUGAUUCUGGGGAUCAGUGACUCUUGAGUGCUGUGAGCGAAGAUGUUUCGUUCUGCAAGAUGGAGGAGCGAGAAGAACAGGGUCAAAGCUGUUUUCAAGAUGCACUUCCAUGUCACCCAGGUGUUUCAAUCUGGGUUGGAUGCAUUGGUAAUGUCUAUAGUUCCAGGGGAUAUUGGAAAGCCAACUACAAGACUAGAGAAAGCUGCAGUUCGAGAUGGAAAUUGUAGAUGGGAGAAUCCAGUGUAUGAAACUGUAAAGUUUAUUCAGGAGCCUAAGACUGGGAAAUUUAGCGACAAAAUAUAUCAUUUUUUGGUUUCAACGGGGUUACCAAAAGCUAGCUCCAUUGGGGAGGUUUCUUUAAACUUUGCUGAUUAUGUUGAGGCCACAAAGCCUUCCUCUGUCUCUCUUCCCAUUAGGAUUUCUCACUGUGAUGCUGUCUUGCAUGUAUCAAUCCAGAGGCUGCAAGAAAACGGUGAUCAAAGAGAGGAAGAUGAAUGCGAAGAUGCCAAACUAAAAUCGGAUAAUAGGAGCUCAACGAACCAGUUAAGCAGUGGCUAUGCGGAUGAAACCGCAAAAAGUUAUUCUUCAGAAGAUGCCUCUUCCAAAGUAAUCAUCAAUAGAGCUGAAUUGAGUACUAACUAUAGGACAUCUAGUGGUUCUGAUACAUUGUCAAGUUCUGAUGACAGCUCUGGACUUGAUACUCCCCGAGAAAUUGGACCAAGAAAAAUGAACAUCCACCCCAAUACAAAAAGGUUUGUUCCAGACUCAGCAAUGGACCACACAUCAGAACCUCAAAACCAUGCUGCUGUUAAUGCCUCAACAUCAAUGCAUGAUGUGCAUGAGAGAUCACGCUGGGAUUGGUCAGCUAGUUCAGAACAUGGGCUAAGUAUAGAGGAUUCAACAUAUGGUUCUCAAAAGGGAAGCUCCCAACAGGCUUCCCCUUUGGAGACUGAAAGUCUAAAGACUGAACUUGCUGCUUUGGCCAGGCACGUGAAUGUGUCAGACUUGGAACUACAGACCCUUAGGAAGCAAAUUGUGAAGGAAAGCAAAAGAGGGCAAGAGCUUGCUAAGGAAAUCAUUGUCUUGAAAGAGGAAAGGGAUGCACUCAAGACAGAAUGUGACAAUCUCAGGUCUUUUCAUAAACGCAUGGAUGAGGCCAAAGUGAGAAACAGAUCACAGUUGGAAAGCGGAGAUCUUCGUGCUCUAGUUCAAGAAAUAAGGCAAGAAUUGGAUUAUGAGAAGGAUCUUAAUGCAAACCUCCGAUUACAGUUAAAGAAGAUGCAAGAAUCAAACGCUGAGCUGGUUCUUGCUGUGCAGGAUUUGGAUGAAAUGUUGGAGCAGAAAAAUAGGGAGAUAUGUAACCAUUCCAAUGAAAAUGAACAGUGUAAAAUUUCCAAACAGAUAGGGGUAAACCUCUCUAAAUGUGAAACAGAUGAUGAUGAAGAACAGAAAGCAUUGGAGGAGCUUGUCAAGGAGCACGACGAUGCCAAUGAGACACACUUACUCGAGAACAAAAUAGUAGAUCUCUAUGGUGAAAUAGAGAUGUAUAGAAGAGACAAAGAUGAGUUAGAGAUGCAGAUGGAACAGCUUGCACUUGACUAUGAGAUAUUGAAACAAGAAAACCAUGGCCUUGCUUAUAAGCUGGAGCAAAGCCAACUUCAAGAACAGUUAAAAAUGCAGUAUGAAUGUUCAUCCCCUCAUCCUGCUAUGAAUGAUAUUGAAACCCAUGUCAAGAACCUGGAAAAUCAACUCAAGGAACAAUCAGAAGAGUUCUCAAAUUCUCUGGCUACCAUUAAGGCACUUGAAACCCAUAUCAGAAAAUUAGAAGAGGAAUUGGAGAAACAAGCACAAGUAUUUGAAGCUGAUCUAGAAGCCGUGUCAAGCGACAAAGUUGAGCAAGAGCAAAGAGCCAUCCAAGCAGAGGAGGCUUUGCGAAAGACCAGACUAAAGAAUGCUAAAACUGCUGAGAGGCUUCAAGAGGAAUUUCGAAGGCUCUCCACACAAAUGACCACUACAUUUGAUGCAAAUGAGAAGGCUGCCAUGAAAGCAUUGACAGAAGCAAGUGAACUGCGUGCACAGAAGAGUGUACUGGAAGAAGAAUUGCAUAAAAUCAGGGAAGAACUUCAAUCAGCUAGAGCUGAUUAUGAGGUAAAACUGAAAGAACUUUCCAACCAAAUAGAUACAAUGACAGUUCAGAUACAACGGAUGUUGUUGGAAAUUGAGGACAAGUCCAAGCAGCUUCAAAAUCAGCAGCAGCAUGGAGAACAAGUUAGUAAGGAUUUCUCUGAUGAGAUUGGGUUACUAAAAACUGAGAAUGAAAGGCUUAUCGCGGAGAUAUCAUGCUUACAUAAGCAAGUAGAAGGAAAAGAAAUUUUAAGAAAUGAAUUGGAACUUAAGAAGAAAUCAAUUGAGGAAUUUGAGACAGAACUACAGAGAGGAACAGUGGAAAGAAAUGAACUGGUGGGAACAAUUGCAUUGUUGAAGAAGGAAGCAGCAGAGUCACUUAGUGAGAUAAAUAGGAUGAGUCUUCUUAAGGAUGAGAAGGAAUGCGAGGCUAGACUCUUGCAGUCAGAAUUGGAAGCCACAAGAGCUCAAUACAGUGACCUGAAACUCACUCUUUCUGAGGAUGAAGCUGAGAAAGAAAAACUAAGAAAGCAAGUUUUGCAGCUAAAGAGUGAACUGAAGAAGAAGGAAGAUGCAUUACUCAGCGCCGAGAAGAGGUUAAGGGAUAGUAAUGGACGCACACAACUUACUGAUGGAACUAAAACCAUUUUAAAGAACAAAAAAACUGCUUCAAGUCCUCAGAGUUCAAAAGAAAUAGCCAGUCUGAGGGAGAAAAUAAAAAUGCUUGAGGGCAUUAUACAGUCAAAGGAAACUACGUUGGAAACUUCAACAACUUCUUUUAUGGAGAAGGAAAAGGAACUCAAGACCAAAACUGAGGAGCUGGAGAACCAAGUGGAGGAAUUCAACAAGAGUAUUGCUUUGCAUAAGGUUGUUCAGGAUACAAGUAUGACUAUUUCAAAUGAGAUAUCUGGUGAAGUUAGAAGUUCAAUUGAGCAACUCAAUGAUGCUGCAUUGUUAUUCAAGAGUAAUGUGAAGUUGCCAGAGAAAGAAGCAGGAAACUCCACAAUCGAUACUGUAGAUAGCAGUCUUACUGACAUAUUAACUGAGUUGUCGACAUUGAAAGAAAGAAACAAAUCAAUGGAAAGCGAACUUAAAGAGAUGCAAGAGAGAUACUUAGAAAUGAGCCUUAAAUUUGCAGAGGUAGAAGGUGAAAGACAAAUGCUUGUUAUGACUGUGCGGAAUCUCAAGAGUACCCAAAAAGGCUAACUAUUUCGUCUUCAUAUCAUGGAGCCUGCAUUGUAUAGUUGUAGCAGGUGGCCUUUGCAGCAACGACACACAUUUUAUAAUGAAUAAAUUAAUGUGUACAAUGGUAAAAUACGUGUAAUUUUUCCUCUCUUUUUUCUUACCCUUGAUAUUUGCUUCCCAAUGCCAAAUG